CUUCCCAUAACAAAAUUCCGACAAACAUUCCUCCUACCUUGUCCCGUAUGUCUCUCUCCCUAGAAAAUGUUCAAAGCACAAAUCUUUUUCUAGAGAACCAAACAAAAAUCAAACUUAUUCUGAUUCUCCACGCUCCCUCUAUCCCAAUUUAACCUCUUUUGCUUUCCAAAACAAACUCUGUCACUCUCACUCUCACAACGACUCAAAGUACACUACCAGCCGACGCAGCGAAAUUAAGAGCUUACUUACAGAUUUCUGUUAUCAGCCAUGCAGGUCUCUUUGAUUAGCCUCUUCUGAAAAACCACCAACUGUUCGACGAUUGUGCUCUGUUUUUGGUGUAGCCUAGCUUCCAUUCUCGUCGGUGAAUGAUAUGGGGAAUGCAACGUCGUCCAUGGCAGCGAAAUUCGCCUUCUUUCCUCCGGACCCGGCGUCGUAUACUCUGUACGAGGAUGAAUCGAGCAAGAAGCUGAGGAUGUCCGAUGUGGCUUACCAGAGAGAUGACGUUGACGUGAUGAAGCUGGCCACUAAGAGAGGGAACGAGAUUGUGGCUAUGUUUGUGAAGAACCCGUCUGCUUCUUUAACUUUGCUUUACUCUCAUGGCAAUGCUGCUGAUCUUGGCCAGAUGUUUCACAUUUUCACGGAGCUCAGUAUUCACCUCGGUGUCAAUCUCAUGGGGUACGAUUAUUCUGGUUAUGGACAAUCUUCUGGAAAGCCUAGUGAGCAGGACACUUAUGCAGACAUAGAAGCUGCUUACAGGUGCAUUGAAGAGAGAUAUGGAGUGAAAGAAGAAGACACUAUACUUUAUGGUCAGUCCGUGGGAAGUGGACCUGCUCUGGAAUUAGCUACACGUUUGCCUCGUUUGAGAGCUGUCAUUCUUCACAGCCCAAUAUUGUCUGGUCUACGUGUCAUGUAUCCUGUUAAGAAAACAUUCUGGUUCGACAUUUACAAGAAUAUUGACAAAAUCCCACUGGUUAAGUGCCCAGUUCUGGUAAUGCAUGGAACAGAAGAUGAGGUUGUUGAUUUCUCCCAUGGCAAGCAGCUCUGGGAACUCAGUAAUGAGAAGUUUGAACCUUUAUGGCUCCAAGGAGGAAAUCAUUGCAACCUAGAACUCUACCCGGAGUACUUGAGCCAUCUUAAGAAAUUUAUAUCAGCUGUAGAGAAAAUGCCACGCGUACAGAGUGUUGACGCAGACAAGACAGACCAAUUGAAUCCUUCUUCGGGCUCCUUAGAUCACAAAGAUAAGGCCAGAUCAAGCACUGACCACAGAGAGAAACCUAGAACUAGCACAGGGCAAAGAGAAAAGUCUAGGUUAAGUACAGAGAAGUCACGAACUAGUACCGACAAGCGAGAGAAAUCGAGGAGGAGCAUCGAUCGCUUAGGGAAAUCGAGGAACAGCACAGAUCAGAUAGAGAAAGCAAGAAACAGCUUUGAUCGGUUGGGAGACAUGGUGAGAUCUGUUGGAAUGUGUACUAAUGUGGACUGUUUGAAGCCAACUGCUGUUUCUGAGGCCUGAAGGAUGUUCCAACCUUUGUAAUUGGGAUGUAAAUUUGUUAUCAAAUUCCUCAUUUGAUUAUUAGGCAAAAGUGUUGUUGGGCUGUCAUGACAGAGAAUAUGGAUGUUUCUAGCUUCAUAACAACAUUUCUUAAUUGUUCAA